AUGGCGCCUUACUACGAGUCGCUCGCAAAACGAGCCUUAGACGCAGCAGACACUCAUGUCGUCAAGCGCGAUCUGUCCGUCAACCACACCCAGGCGGUAACUCUAGGGGUAAUGGCCGCCUACGUGGUGGUGAUCGCGCUCUUGUGGAACCUUCCGUACGUGCGAUGGUCGCUGUGGCCGUUCAAGAUGCUUGUCAUUGCGUUCCAUGAGUUCGGCCAUGCCAUCACGGCAUGCUGUACCGGCGGCCGCGUCAAGUCCAUCUCCCUUGAUCCGCACGAGGGAGGGGUCACGCACAUGCAGGGCGGAAUCAGUGCUGUCACUCUCCCCGCGGGAUAUCUGGGCUCGUCGAUCAUCGGCGCGUUGUUGAUUUUCGCCGGGUUUAAUAUCGUCGCUAGUAAAGUUGCUAGUAUCGUUCUUGGCGUUUGCUUCUUGCUUACUCUCUGGUGGGCGCGUCGGGAUUGGCUCACUAUCAUCACUGUGCUUCUGGCGGUCGGGUUACUCGUGGCUUGCUGGUUUAUUGCGCAUGGGGAGGCUUUGAGAUGGGUGGUGCUUUUCAUCGGUGUUAUGUCUGCGCUAUAUAGUGUCUGGGAUAUCUGUGACGAUCUGAUCCUUCGGAAAGUGAAUACCUCGGACGCCAGCCAGUUUGCCCAAAGAUACGGCGGCUCUUCUCGCUGCUGGGGUGUCAUUUGGUCUCUCAUUUCGCUUAUGUUCAUGGCCAUCGGUAUCAUUGCCGGGAUUGCGGCAUUCCACCAGUCCUUCAAUGAGCAACAGAAGGACUCACAGGACUUCAUUCCGACGCGUUGA